ACUUCCCUUGAAUCAAGAUGGCUGCGCCCAUUACAGAAAUAGUGAGUGUGCUGGAAGACGUCGAGUCGGGAUCGGAGGCUGAUUCAGAAUACUCAAACACAUCAGAUGAUGUUGAUGGUAACAGUUCAGAUCACAAUGAGGAUGACCACCAAACCAAAAAGGGACUUGCUGAUGUUUUCUCCAAAAUUCUUCAUAAAGCUGUACCAAUUGAUAAGCAGGUGAUCCUGGCAAAGGGGAAAACAGACCGUGAGAUUCUAAAACGAAAACUUGCAGCCGCGGAGGAGGAGGGAGAAGGGGCGGAUGGUAAAGAGAAGAAAGAAUACACUGGCCAUGAUGUGAAGAGGAAAAUUUGGGAGAAUAUGAGUCGCAGCAAGCCAGACCCUCUUGAUAGAGAAAAGGAAAGACGGCUUCAGAAAAUCGCUACUAGAGGAGUGGUGCAGCUGUUUAACGCUGUCAAGAAGCAGCAGAAAACAGUUGAGGAUGAGAUCCAGCAGGUGGGCGGGUCAGAGCGUAAACGGGACAAGGUGAUGGCCGGCAUGACACGAGACCGCUUCCUUAACAUCCUCCAGGGAACUGGGAAAACUCAACACAACACACAGAACGCAAAGAAAGUCAAAACAGAGGACAAUCAAGCCAGCGAGAAAAAGUGGUCAGCAUUGCGUGAUGACUUUAUGAUGGGGGCGCGAAUGAAGGACUGGGAUCGUGAGGAGAGCGGGGAGGAGGGGGUGGGGCCUGCGGACCCUGACAUGUCUGAUAGUGAUUGACUGGAGUGUCAGGGCUUAUAAAUGAUUUGAAACUGUGAUAAAGAUUGCCCAGGAUUUAGUCUGGCUUGCCAAUGUCUGUGGGUCUUGUAUAAUGUAACAGAUGAUCUAGUAGAAUUUAUCUGGUUGGGGGUUAGACUGUUCUGUGUUGUACUUAGGUUUGAUGCUUUAAAGAUCUGAUUUCAAAAUUUAUGUAAGAUACUUAAGUAAAUUUCACACAGAGUUCAAAAUCAGAAUCCUUUUAUUUUUAAAUUAGUAACAACAUACUGUGGAAUGUGCAUUGCCUGUAUUUUAAGUUAAGAGUACAAUGGCAUCUGUCUUUUAAACGUAUAAAGAAGCAACAUUACAUGCACAUAAUACAACCAUGAGUGACAGCAGAUGGUUGCCCUAAGAUCAUGGCCAUUGCAGUGUUUGAAAUUCACAUUGUAAUACAUUUUAUUAGCUCGUCAAAAAGGAAAAAGAUCAUAAUCUUGGUGUCAUUUCCAUUUGAGUCUUCGGUGUGAAAGAACUAAACCUUCGCCAUAACUCUUUAACCAUUCACACUUUUCAAAUGAAACUUGGUAGACAUUUUGCCAGAGACGAUACGCUUGGUCAUGUAAAGCAAGAUUGAGUUACGCCCCUUGUUUGACUGAAAAAACCCUGAGAUAUGCGAUGGCAUUCUGCUCUGUGAUGCUCUUGUUUAGCUUUAAAGGCUGUUGGGAUGUUCAUACAUGUACAAACCCUUGUAUAAUGCAUGUAACUUUGUUCAAAUCAAAUGUUGAUGCUUUUAACUUGUACUUGGAUCAUGUAUGUAUAUUAAAACUGUGGUUCAGUCUUUGCAUCAAGAUGUUUUCAAUUGUAUUUUGUCAUUCAUAUCAAAUUUGUUAUUGAUAUAGAAAUACAUGUCUUUAAAAAUAAAUAAAUUCGAAAAU